AUGCGACGGUUUGUAGCUGCCUCCGCAGCAGCAGCAGCAGCAGCAGCAGCAGCAGCAGCAGCGGUAGGCCCAGCAGCACCAGCAGCAGCAGCAGCACCACCACCACCACCAACAGCACCACCGCAAACAGCAGCAGCAGCAGCAACAACAACAACAGCAACAGCAACAGCAGGAGCAGCGGCAGGCCUGCAGCAGCUGCAGCAGCAGCACCACCACCAACAGCACCACCGCGAAAAACAGCAACAACAGCAGCAGCAGCAGCAGCAACAGCAGCAGCAGCAGAAUAGCCCUAUCUUCUCUCAUUACUUGCUGCUCCGUAUCUGCAGCCACCUGCAGCAAACAGCGCUGCUGCUGCAGCAGCAGCAGCAGCCCCGACUCUUGCUGCAGUCGCCUCCUGCUGCAGCAGCUGAUAUCAUUCCAUCCAGCAGCAGCAACAGCAGCAGCAACAGCAGCAAGAAGCUGUCAAAGAUUCGCGGAACCAACACCAGCAGCAGCAGCACCAGCAGCAGCAACAGCAGCAGCAGCAGCAGCAGCAGUAGCAGCAGGGUUGCUUCUGCUGCUGCGCUGCAGCAAAGAAUGGCUAACACGCCGCUGCCAGCUGUUGUGUCGCGGCUGCAGCAGCUGCUGCUGCAGCUGGAUCGCAGCACCAGCAGCAACAGCGUCUUGUGGGAAUGUUAUGCUGCUGUUGCUCCUACUUUGUUGCUGCUGCUGCAGCCGCAGCUGCUGCUGCAAGAUGUAGCAACAAGCAACUUCCAGCAGCUAGCAGCACAGCAGCAAACCGCAUAUUAUAUUCGUAGUUGGUUGUCUUAUCGUGAGGGGGGAUCACCGCUGCAGCAGCAGCAGCAGCAGCAGCAGCAGCUGUUGGAGCUGCAUGAGCAGCCGCUGCAGCUGCUGCAGCUGCAGCAUGACGAGUUGCUGCUGCAGCUUGUUUAUUUGCUGCUGCUAACAUCUCAGCGAUUGCUGCACUGGCAGCAGCACGUAGCUUAUGAUAGACAGCGUCCCGCCUUUAGGCGGCCUGGAGUGCUUGCCCCAACAGCAGCAGCAACAGCAGCAGCAGCAGCAGCAACAACAACAACAGCAACAGCAGCAGCUCCCGCUGCUGGUGCUCUUGGUGCUGCUGCUGGACCGCCUCCUGCUGCUGCUGUUCCUGCUGCUGCUCCUGCUGCUGCUGCUGCUGGGGCCUCCGCAGCGGGUGAGGGAAAUGAUUUUGCUUGGCAGCAGCUGCUGCUGUCUCCUGCUGCUGCUGCUGCUGCAUGCAGCAACGCAGCAGCAAAGGGAUGGUACUGGUUGAUGGAUUUGCUGCAGGAGGGAUCUGAGGCAUCAGCAGCAGCAGCUGCUGCUGCUUCUGCUUCGCCGCUGCUGCCGCAGUCUGCUGCAGCACGGCUUGCUGCUGCUGCUGGGGCUGAGCCCAGCAGCUGGGUAGAGGUUCCUGCUGCUGCUGCAGUAUUUUUUGCUGCUCCUCUUUUGUCAGAUACAGGCCUUGCUGCUGCAGCAGGAAGGCCUGCAGCUGCUGUUGCUGCUGCUGCUGCUGCUGCAGCAACAGCAAACAAUAUGGGUGCCCCUACUGCUGCUGUAGAGGGAGGCCUCACGGUGCUGCAGCUGCUGCAGCUGCGUGUGCAGCGGCAGCAGCAGCAACCGACACUUAUCCUAUCUCAAACACCUGAAGCUGCUGCUGCUGCUGUUGCUGCUGCUUGGUCGCAGCUGCAGCGCCGCAGCAUCGGCUGCCGCUUGCGCAGCCUUCUAUGGGCCAGCAGCAACAGCAGCAGCAGCAGCAGCAGCAGCAGCAGCAGCAAUGCUGCAGUUGAAGAGGCCCGCUGGCGAGUGCAGGCACUUGCUGCUGCAAUUAAGUCCAUGGUUGGAGUUAUAAACCAGAAGAGCUGCUACAUGCAGGCUUUGUCUCAGGAGCAGCAGCAGCAACUCACGCUGCAGCAGCAGCAGCAGCUGCAGCGGCAGCACCGGCAGCUUGCUGAUGCAGCAAAUGCUGCUGUACGUACACCCCACAAGCUUCACUGCUUCAGCCAUAACUAUGACGACUUAACUAGCUGGUCUGGUGCUGCAACAGCAGCAGCAGCAACUGCUGUUGCUGCUGUUGUGCUGCUGCUCGCAGCAGCAACUCUUAACAGCACAGCAGGAGGACCUGCAGCAGCAGCAGCAAGCUUAACGCAUUCUCUCUUUCGUUGUACGGGGCUCCCGUGGCUGUGGAAGCAGAUCCGUGGCAGCAGCAGCAGCAGCAGCAGCAGCAGCAGCAGCAGCGAGGUUGACUUCAUGAGGGGCUUUCAGCAGCAAGACCCUACAGCAGCAGAACUAGCAGCAGCACAACACUGGCAAGGCAACCCAGCAGCAGCAGCAGCAGCAGCAGCAGCAGGCUAUUAUCAGCAGCAGCAGCAGAACUACUGCUCCGACUUUGAUGCCCAGGUGUCUGCGCUCUACAUGGCGUGGGCGAGAGAGAACAACGCUGCUGCUGCUGCUGCUGCUGCUGCUGCUGCUGCUUCGCCCUACGGGCUGCAGCAGACGCUUUAUCCUGCUGCUGCAGUGCCGAUGCAGCAAACUGCCUCCGGGCUGGGAACCGCUGCUGCUGCUGCUCCAAGGUAUGCGUAG